AUGUCUUCAGAGACGCCCGCUUCUGUUGACGGCGAGCGGACGGCACUCCUCAGCAGCCAACACCCCCCGACACAUGACGCCGACGCCGACGCCGACGUCGACGUCGACGACAUCGCGAGCGCGGAGCCGUCUCUGAAUGGGACAAACGGAUGCGACUCUGAGCACGGCGUCGUCGGCGGCACUUUUUCACGCAACCUAGGCGCCCUCGAGGCGUUUGCUAUCGUCAUUAGCAUCGUCAUCGGGAGUGGCGUUUUUACCUCGCCCGGCUCCAUCGACACCAAUGUGCCGUCGCCCGGCGCGGCCUUGAUUGUGUGGCUCAUUGGCGGCGUCCUGGCCUGGUCUGGCGCCAUGACGAUGGCCGAGCUAGGCACGGCGAUCCCGGGAGAAGGCGGCGUGCAGCCGUACCUCAAGUACAUUUUCGGAGACGCGUUCGGGUUCCUGGCCGCGUGGACGUGGAUCGUGGCCGUCAUGCCCGCCACGCUCGCCAUUCUCAGUAUUGUCUUCGUCGAGAGCAUCUACUCCGCCGUCGGCGUGACGGGCGAGGGCGACAGGCUGGUGCACAAGGUCCUGUCCAUCUUGGUUCUGUCGGUCAUCGGCGUCGCCAAUUCCAUCAGCACCAAGGCCAGCACCGGGCUCAACAACUUUUUCGUCGUCGUCAAGUUCGUCACCAUUGCGGCCGUUGUCGUGACCGGGGUUGCCGUGAUAAUCCUGCAUUCGUCUGCGCCAGACCGGGACGUCGGCGGCGGUGAUUGGUUCAAGAAAUCCUGGUUUGCCUUCCGCGACAGUAUCAACCCUGAUGGCAGCAUAACCGACUGGACGCGUUUGAGCCAGUGGGAGAUGUUUGGGCACUAUUCAGCGGCGCUUUACGCCGCACUGUGGGCGUAUUCUGGCUGGGACAAGGCAAUCUACAUCUCGGCAGAACUCUCGACGCCAGCGGUCCAGCUCCCACUCGCCAUAAACACCGCCCUCCCGACCAUCAUCGUCUGCUUCAUCACCGCAAACGCCGCCUACUAUAUCUUGUUGCCCUGGAAUGUUGUUUCCACCUCUGACAGCGUGGCAGUGACCGCCUUUAGUACUCUCCUUGGCCCCGGUUUCGGAAUACUAGCAGCCGUCUUCAUCUGCCUCGUCGUCGCGGGAUCCCUGCUGGGCAACUCGUUUGUGGCCGGCCGCAUGGCGGUUGCAGCGGCGAACAUGGAGUGGUUUCCCGAGGUUUUCAGUAUCGUCGGACGCGCCGGCAUCAAGAGGACCGCGGACGACGAUACUGCUGCACCUGCGGAAAACGGCCUCGUUGCCCCCAGAGCUUCAAAAUCUGACGCCCCCAUCAACUCCAUCAUUCUCUCGACGGCCCUCGCGGCCCUGUACAUUCUGUUUGGCAACUUCCGAGCGCUGCUGACAUUCAACGGGCUUGGCGAGUUUACCUUUUUCUUCCUGACGGUCGUCGGCGCGAUUUUCCUGCGGUUUCGCGAGCCCGGCCUUGCCCGGCCGUACAAGCCUACGAUUCUGAUCCCCGUCAUCUUCUCGCUGGUGAGCGGCUUCGUGGUCGUGCGGGGAGCCGCAUUCGCUCCCACCCAGGCUAUCAUUCUCCUUGGUCUCUGGAUCCUAGGGCUGGCCUUUUAUUGGGCUAGAAAAGCAUAUCAAAGGCGGUCAGGGGUCGUUAGCUCCUGA